ACUCUGGGCUGAAGGACAACACGUCUCAACAGCGGCUCAGUGUGAAACUACCAACAAGGUUGACAUCGUGCUGUUAGUGGAUGGCUCCUCAAGCAUCUCCCGUCGAGACUUUCAAAGCAUCCGAUCCUUUGUUUCUACAAUAGUCAAAAACUUCAACAUCCGCCCAUACGGAGUCCAGAUUGGUCUGGUUCAGUACAGUCACGUCCCAAAGACAGAGUGGCACCUGAACACCCACCACAACAAACAGGCCUUGCUGAAGGCCAUAGAAAAUCUGCAACGGCAAGGAGGAGACACCAUGACAGGAAGUGCUCUGCUCUACGUCCUCCAUAAUAUCUUUACACCCAAUAUGGGAAUGCGAGCAGACUCCCAAAGAAUUGUUGUUUUGAUCACUGACGGAGAUUCCCUGGACGACGUACUCCUUCCCUCACAGAGCCUGAAGGAUGCUGGAAUUGAGAUCUUCGCUGUUGGUGUGCGUGAAGGCAACAUGACUGAACUGAGGUCCAUUGGCUCCAAUCCCAAAAAACUUCACGUGUACAGAGUCAAGGACUUUUCGCUUCUUUCGAACAUCGCCAAGAAACUGAUCAUCAGCAUCUGUGACGGCGCUUAUAACUUGGGUGCUUACUGUAAAACCACAUACAAGGCUGAUAUUGUGCUGUUGGUGGAUGACUCCGGAAGCAUCAGCCAAACAGACUUUCAAACCAUGCUGUCCUUUAUUGCUGCAAUAGUCAGAGUCUUCAACAUCGGCCCAGACGGAGUCCAGAUUGGUCUGGUUCAGUACAGUGACGUCCCAAAGACAGAGUGGCACCUGAACACCCACCACAACAAACAAGCCCUGCUGAAGGCCAUAGAAAAUCUGCAACAGCAAGGAGGAAACACCAAGACAGGAAGUGCUCUGCUCUACGUCCUCCAUAAUAUCUUUACACCCAAUAUGGGAAUGCGAGCAGACUCCCAAAGAAUUGUUGUUUUGAUCACUGACGGAGAUUCCCUGGACGACGUACUCCUUCCCUCACAGAGCCUGAAGGAUGCUGGAAUUGAGAUCUUCGCUGUUGGUGUGCGUGAAGCCAACAUGACUGAACUGAGGUCCAUUGGCUCCAAUCCCAAAAAACUUCACGUUUACAGAGUCAAGGACUUUUCGCUUCUUUCGAACAUCGCCAAGAAAUUGAUCAUCAGCAUCUGUGACGGCGCUUAUAACUUGGGUGCUUACUGUAAAACCACAUACAAGGCUGAUAUUGUGCUGUUGGUGGAUGACUCCGGAAGCAUCAGCCAAACAGCCUUUCAAACCAUGCUGUCCUUUAUUGCUGAAAUAGUCAGAGUCUUCAACAUCGGCCCAGACGGAGUCCAGAUUGGUCUGGUUCAGUACAGUGACUUCCCAAUGAUAAAGUGGCACCUGAACACCUACAACACCAAACAAGCCCUUCUAAUGGCCAUAGACACUCUGGAUCACAGAGGAGGAAGCACCAAGACAGGAAUGGCUCUUCACCUCGUCCCCAAUAUGGGAAUGCGAGCAGACUCCCAAAGAAUUGUUGUUUUGAUCACUGACGGAGAGUCCCAGGACGACGUACUCCUUCCCUCACAGAGCCUGAAGGAUGCUGGAAUUGAGAUCUUCGCUGUUGGUGUGCAAAAUGCACAUGAGAAUGAGCUGAGGGCCAUUGCCUCUGAUCCUGAUGAAAUACAUGUGUACAUUGUCAUGAACUUCGCUCAUCUCUCGGAAAUCAUCCACAACUUCCUCAUCAAUCUCUGUGACAGCAUUCAUAGCUUAGAUCCUCUCAGGUUGGUGGGAGGAUCCAGUCGCUGUGCAGGAACUCUGGAGAUGAAACGAGGAGAAUGGAGACCAUUAUAUGCCUCUAACUGGACCCUGAAGUCAGCAGAAGUAGCAUGCAGAGAGCUGGACUGUGGCUCUGCUGUUUCAACAGAAAUCAGAAAUGAGUCCUCAAUCAAAUCUGUGUGGCAGAGGAGUUCUGACUGUGUCCAGUCUGGAUCUGCUAUGAGGGAGUGUGUAUCAUCAGAUUCUUCUUUGUGUAUCCUGGGGAUUACUUGUUCAGACUCUCUAAGGCUGGUGAAUGGGUCUAGUCUGUGCUCAGGCAGACUGGAGGUGAAGUCUAACCAGUCUAACCAGUGGUGGUCCUCAGUGUGUGAAGAUGACUUUGACCAGCAGGAUGCAGAGGUGGUCUGUAGGGAGCUCGGCUGUGGGGCUCCUUCAGUCCUCCAGGGGGCGCUCUAUGGAGAAGUGGAGGCUCCAAUGUGGAGCAAAGAGUUCCAGUGUGGAGGCAAUGAGUCUGCUCUCCUGGACUGUAGAAGCUUAGGCUCAGCUAGAAACACCUGCUCACCUGGAAAAGCUGUUGGACUCACCUGCUCAGAGUCUGUCAGGUUGGUGGGAGGAGACAGUCGCUGUGCAGGAACACUGGAGGUGAAACAGGGAGAAUGGAGACCAGUGAUUGGCUCUGACUGGAACCUGACAUCAGCAUCUGUAGUGUGUAGAGAGUUGAACUGUGGAUCUGCUGUUUUAAUCGUAACAAAGGAAGAGUCCUCAGUCAAAUCUGCAUGGUGGAUCAGUUCUGACUGUGUCCAUUCUGGAUCUGCUCUGAGGGAGUGUGCAACAUCGUCUGUCACUUCCUACAUCCUGAAUAUCACUUGUUUCGAUCCAACAGUUCAUAUGAUCAGAGUGGUCGUCCUGCUGCUGACUCUGCUGGUGGUGACCACCGCCCUCUAUUUCUACUGUAAGGCCAGCAGGGGCCAGAAGCCGGGCAGACAGGAGAACAUUGAGCUGGAUGAUUAUAACCUGGGUGUUCCUGCAGCUGGAGGAGGUCCGACUGAAGAGGAAGGUGCUCAGGGAGCAGAGUAGGACCUCCAAGGAGCUCCUCUCACAUCCACAUGGAUUCACAGCUGACACACAACCAUCAGCUAAGUCCAGGAUUUUACAUUUUCCUCAUGUUGGCUGAAAUUAUUGUAUGACUUUAUAUUUUUACUACUCUGAGCAUGAAAAGACCAAAAACAUUAUUUCAAUAAUUCUGUAAUUUGCUUGUUUACAAUGGAGGAUUUUGCUUCUUUCAUCCAAAUUUCAUGUCCUUUUGUAAAUAAUGAUUUUGGUUAUUUUGUAUGAAUUUUAUUUUUACAUUCUGUGAUUAAGGCUCGGGUAGGUAACAUUAGAAGAACCAGUAAUAGACGGCUACAUUUUGAAAGUAUCCAAGUGAAACAAUGGGCUCAUUACAGGCCUGCAACAGCCACAGAUACCAGAUUGUUUUUCUUUAUUCAGAGCAUUUGAGUUACUGACUGCUGUCAGGAUGUAAAGAGAAUUUAACCAAUAUAACAAAAGAUUCUUCUGAAAUACAUUAAUCUUUAAGGAUUUUGUUUAUUUUUACAAUUAAGGAUUUUGCUUGUUUGUAUGAAUUUGACUUAUUUUUGUGAUUAUGGAUUUUGUUUACAAUUAAGGCUUUUGCUUCUUUUAUAUACAUUUUGCUUAAUUUUGUAUUUACAGAUUUUGGUUGUUGUGUAUGAAUUUUACUUAAUUGUUUUGAUUUAGCUUGUUUGGUGCAAAUUUAGCUUAAAGGUCCAGUGUGUAACAUUACGGAGGAUCUGUUAUCAGAAACUGCAAUGCAAUUUGUGCUUUGAUCCAGUGCAAAUCUGUUAUUUAAAAUCAAAUUAAUAUUAAACAGAUUUUUCUUUUAAUAGAAAAAGAACUUUGUCUACCUAUUAGGAAUGAUUAAUAUGUGAAAUCAAACAUUUAGAUUUUGUGGUGUGUAGCCACAGGUCUGAUGAUGACAUGACUGAAGUAUUUCCUCCUCAUUUUAAUACAGAUAUUAAUGUCACUGAGUCAUGUAGAUGGUAGGAUUAUUAGUAUUACUGCUGUGUAUGUAUAUAUUUGUUUUUGUUCUUUUUUAUUUCACACUUGCCUUGGUAAUGUAAACUUCGGUUUCCCAUUCAAAUAAAACGCUUUUGAAUUGAA